CUUUUGGAAUUCGCGAGUUUCAUAGCUUCCUACACACGCCCGAACCUCUCCGUCGGACAUGAGAACUGACAACGACCUUCGCAGUAACUCCAGAUCCCUCUUUCACUUACAUUCAGUUCGUCACGACAAGAGUUUUAUCGGCGAGAACGUCUGAUCCCUGGCGGUGUUGCCCUGUCGAAAAAAAAAACUCUGCGCUGCCCUUCGCCUUGGCUUUUGCUUUGAGCUCCACGCAUGUGAACAGGAAUCCUCCCAUCACGCCGUAGUACCGUCAUGCAAUGCGCUGAAGCGCAGAAUGGCGCUCUACCUCCAAAGCUGUCGCGCAUUUUUGUUUCGUUCGUACGGUACGAGUCGAGUCACUCGCGGACAGGAUACACUACGAACAUGGCACUCGUGAACUUCAAGCCGAACAACAUGGAGUUGAAUACACUCCUUGUGGGCCAGCUGGUACCGAGUUUCCGCGACGAGGAGCCCGCUUCGCGAACGAGCAAAACGGUCCGACGCGUCUUCCACUUCGAUAUCCUCCCGUCUCCGAACUACAGUCGUCCCGCAAGCGCCGCCGUUGCUUUGGCCCAGACAAGCUGUCACUAGACGCUCGCUUCUGAGCUUCUGUGCGGUUUGCGAUCUUUGACGGCCGAGAUUCGUGCCGGAAGACGGACAGCGUGGAGAGGCGAGUGAGGUCUGUCAAGCAGCCAUCGUCGUCGCCGCAGGACUACACCAGCAAGCGGCAGCAGAGCCACGCCGUCGCUGGGACAUGAAACGGAAUGGCGGAAAAUGG